CCAGCCAUGGACCGCGAGCCAGGCGACGACUACAUCCGCCGCCUCGCGUCCUUCGUGCGCAACAACGAGCAAGCCCUCGCACAGGGCGGCUUCACCAAGCGGCGUCGCCCGCCCACGAAGCAGCCGCCCUCCUCGCCCUUCGACGCCGCCGCCUCCGCGCUCAACCCCCUCGCCUGGUUCGCCGCACCCGACCCCUCCGCCGUCAAGCCCGUCACGCUCACCCUCGAUACCCACCGGCUCUUCUACGUCCUCAUGCGCUUCGAGGCCCUCGGGCUCGACGUCGGCUCGCUCGACACCCGCGUCGACAACCCCUCCCGUCCGCUCGCCUACCACGCCGUUCCCCUCGCCGAGAAACCGCCGUCGGACGCGAUCUCCCUCGCCUCCUCUUUCCGCUCCUCUCUCUCCGGCAUCUCCAAGCUUUCCCUCGGCGGCGGCUGGUGGUCCGCCGGCAAGACCGCCGUGCCCUCGGUCGAUGCCGAGCUCAAGUACCUCUUCAGCUGCUUCAACAAGGUCCCCGCCCUCGCACUUCGCGCGCCAGGACCCAAGGUCAUCGCGGAGCUCGCCGACGACCCGCCGAACGAGAACGCGCUCCCGCUUUACGCCUUCCGCAACCUGCAAACGCUCGAGUGCGCCGAUAUCGACCCCCGCGCGCUCCUCGGCUGGGACAGGCUCGCCGACCCCCUCGUCAGUCUCACGAUCACACGCAGCGGGGUCGAGGACGUGAGCGACGUGUUCGUCGCUGCGGUAUUGGACGACAUCGCCCGACGGGAGGAAACGGGCAGCCGCAUGCGCCAUCGCCGUCUCUCGUCCAAAGCGUCGUUCUACAGCACCACCCUCCCCGAAACCGUCGCCGAGCAAGACGAGGACGGGGAGCACGACCCUUCCGACGAGAAGAAGCUCCCGCCGUACAAAUGGUCCUCCCUCCGACAUCUCUCCCUCGCCGACAACGCGCUCACCUUCAUCCCCUCCGCCCCGCUCACCUACUUCACCGCCCUCACCCACCUCGACCUCUCCUCCAACCUCCUCGUCUCCGUCCCGCCCGGCCUCGCCGCGCUCUACUCGCUUGCUUCGCUCGACCUCUCCGACAACAUGAUCGACUCCGUCCUCGGCAUCUACACCCAUCUCGGCUCCGUCACCGCCCUCAACCUCUCCCGCAACCGGCUCGACUCGCUCUGCGGCCUCGAACGCCUCCGCGCGCUCGAGCGCGUCGACAUCCGCCACAACCGCGUCGAGGAGGCGGCCGAAGUCGGCCGGCUCGCGACGCUCCCCAACGUCCGCGAGGUCUGGGUCGCCGGCAACCCGCUCGUCGAGCUCGAGGAGCCGCACCGCGUCCGCUGCUUCGAGUUCUUCUGGCGCGAGGGCAAGGACGUCCUCCUCGACGGCGCCCCGGCCGGCUUCUACGAGCGGCGCUACAUGCCCGCGCUCCCGCCGGAGCAGAUGGCGUCCUCCCGCCCCAUGUCCGUCGCGCAGUCCCCGCCCGUCGUCGCCGUCGGCUCGCGCUCCCCGUCGCACACGCCCCGCGUCGGCCCCAGCGGCGCGCCGAGCACCGCCUCGCCGCCGUCCACGGCCGCGCCCUCGCCGCACCUCGCCGCCUCCGCCGCGCCCCGCGGCAGGAAGAAGAAAAUCAAGCGGAUCGUGGACCUGCACAGCGAGGCGGACGCGGACGCGGCGCGGUCGCGCAGCGGGAGCCGCGGGCCGGCGCACGCGCGCGUGCUGUCGGCCGGCGGAGACGCGGGGUCUCCCGCCCCUGUCAGGCCGCGUCAAGCGGCGGCGGCGCCGACGGCGCUGGGAAACGGUAAGAGCGCGCGGAGCCCGACGCCGCCCGCGCCCGGUCCGUCCUCGCCGCCCAAGGACCCGCCCCCCGCGCCCAAGUCUCUCCGACCGCUGCCGGACCCCGGUCCUUCCUCGCCUCGCAUCCGUCCCAAGCUGGGCCACAGGCAUAGCCGCUACGGCACCGAGUACGCCCCCCUCCCGUCGACGGCCUCUCCGUUCAACGGCCCGGACGCCGCGAUCCCGGAGGCGUCUUCGCCGACGACGUCGCUCGCGUUCAAGGGCACGAAGGGCCAGCACCAGCGCUCGGCGACGCUCGCGUCGCGCUCGGCCAAGCGGCGGCAGCGCGUGUCGGCGAGCACGUUCGAGCGCGAGCCGGAGCCGGCGGACGGGGAGGCGGAGGCGGUGGACCCCGUGAAGGAGGCGGACGCGUACCGGGCGCGGAUCGAGGCGCUGAGGAAGGAUAUGGGCGAGGACUGGCUGAAGGUGUUCAGCCAGACGCAGCUGACGCCGAGGAGCCCGCCGCCGCUCGCGGCGAGGUCGAGUUCGAGUUCGGGGGCGUCGCAUCCGCCGUAGCCCCCCCUAUCUCCCUGUUUGUGACGAGGGCCGCUGCUUGAGGUUAUGCCAUCCACCACGGAUCCCUCGUUUGGAUUUGCUUCGCCGCUACAUAGACCGAUGUGUUAUAUAUUUGAUACCCUCCCUCUUUUCUGGAUGUACCGCUAGUCUAUGGUGCGU